UACACUUAUGUACCGUAAUGAAGUUUUGAAGAAAUUGAGAAAAAUGUGGGUUGUGUUUUGUGAAUAAAGAAUAGAUACCGUAGGAAAAAUCAAAUGACGAAAAACAAAUUUUGAACAAUAGUUAAUUGUGCUGUUUGUAUGUAUAAAACAUAAGGUGGCUAAGUGAGGACUAAAUCUGAUGCCAUGAUCCGGGAAGACGAUCCUCAAUUUCGGAUUACUCCACUUCAACAAAUGGCAUCGGCAUGUUCCGGCGCUCUUAUAACCUCUUUGUUCAUGACACCAUUAGAUGUUGUAAAAAUAAGACUACAGGCGCAACAGAAGGCUUUACUCUCAAAUAAGUGCUAUCUUUAUUGCAAUGGCUUAAUGGAGCAUUUAUGUCCUUGUGGUGAAACUGCUUGGGUACCGAAAAGAGUCCAUUUCCAUGGGACUUUUGAUGCUUUCUACAAAAUAGCUAAAUUAGAAGGAGUACCAGCGUUAUGGUCUGGCUUAAGUCCCACUUUGGUAUUAGCAGUUCCAUGCACUAUGAUCUACUUUGUAUCAUAUGAACAAUUAAGAUAUAGAAUGAAGACAAUGCACAAUAAAAUGACUGGAGAGUUUGGUCAACCUAUGUGGAUUCCAUUAAUAGCAGGAGCAACAGCAAGGAUCACUGCUGUCACAUUAGUCAGUCCUUUAGAACUAAUUAGAACAAAAAUGCAAUCAAAACACUUGACAUAUUCAGAAAUUACGUCGGCAUUGCGGCAAGUCAUAAAAUAUGAAGGCUAUGGAGGACUUUUCCGAGGCUUAGGAUCAACACUGUUAAGGGAUGUCCCAUUCUCAGGAAUAUACUGGACUACUUUCGAAUCGACGAAGAGAGCGUUCAAUAAACCGGAUUCAGAAAAAAAUUCGUUCCUUUUUAAUUUUUUCUGUGGUUCGGUAGCUGGCAGUAUCGCGGCCUUUGUAACCCUUCCUUUUGACGUAGUAAAAACACAUCAACAAAUAGAAUUAGGGGAGAAAGAGAUAUAUACAGAUGGUAAAAUCCAACAGAGAGCUUCGAAUAUGACAGACAUUGUCAGAAACAUAUACAAGAAUCACGGUCUGAAAGGUUUGUUCACCGGUCUCAUGCCUCGAAUAUUUAAAGUGGCGCCCGCUUGUGCAAUCAUGAUCUCAACGUUCGAAUACGGCAAGCAGUUCUUCCAGAAAUACAAUUCGCAAAAAUAUAAGGAGAAAUUGCAAAGGCACCAAGAUAUUGUUAUAAUGAGUCAAUCAACAACCAGCAGUGGAUACUCAUGAAAAAAAAGUUUUGACUUUAAAAUUUUACAAACAGAAGUAAAGUUUUACAAUUGUUGUGAUAUUGAACUAGAUCUAGUUCAUCAAUACAAUGUUACCACGUUGUUAUUUUUAAAUUAGCUAAACAUACAAUCGCAAAGGGAUGCUUUGUGCGAUGGUCAUCAGCAUAGCUGACAUCAGUUAUACUAUAGACAUGUAUUAUUAUUAUUAUUUUUUUCAUUAAUGUACAAAUCUUAUUGAUCACGGUAAACUAAAAGUUGGUAAGGCGUGUUGUGAGCUCGCACUGGCACUGACAGACUAUGGGUUCCUACUGGAAACACCAAGAAGGCCGUGUACUAGUAUACACAUUUACAUUAACAAAAAAAAAUAGACCGUGUGUUGAACGAGUGAAGGGUUCCGUAAUUAAGAUAAACGUUGACAGUCAAUAUUCAAUGGCAAUUUUCGGGGAAAUUAUAAAUAAUUAUAUCUAUGUACAUUCAUACUUAUUUUAUCUUUCAAUUAAAAUGGAGUGUCAUCGUUAAUUACUCGUAAUUUGUACAGAAAUAUGUUGUAGUACACAAAAUACAUGUAAAUUCAAAACUACGCAUGUAAAUGGCCAAUAAUUUCAGAGCAAAAUAGUUAUGAGCUCAGGAGAGACUAACAAAAACAAAAUGUUUAUUCCUAAAUGGAGCAAAAAAAAUGCAUAGGGAUUUGUCGAUGGAACCCUAAAAUAGUAACAACAACACUAGCAAUUCCUUUUUAAUUCUAAUUCCAUUUACUUUUUUUAAUUCAGUCUUUGUGACCUAAUAAAGGAUAAUGUACUCAAAAGGGUAAUGUUUUGAAAUUCAACCCAUAGGCAGGUACUACUUUUCCUUGUGAAAUACUUAGUGGAUACAUUAUGUUCACAAAUUACUCCCACAAUGUACUUUUUUUUUAUUGCCCUUGUAGGCAGACGAGCAUACGGCCCACCUGAUGGUGAGUGGUUACCUACGCCCAUGGACUUCAGCAGUGCCAGGGGCAGAGCCAAGCCGCUGCCCACCGCUUGUACUCGCAAAAAUUCUAAUUUGUAAAUGCGAAGGACAAGUGUCAUUAGAACUCAAAACAAGGCAAGGCAUUCACGUUGCGUUUUCUAGGGUAUAACUAAAUAAAUACGAUUUGUAUUUUAAUAUUAUAUAAAUUCUUCUACUGUUCUUAAUUAAAUGUAAAUUAAUAUUAUUUUGACAUACACCGUAAUAUGAAGUUCAGAACAUCAAAUCAAAACUUGACAUUUUAAAACCUAAGAACUCGCACUGAAUUUAGAAAAAAAAAGCUAUAUCUUCGUCCCGAGUGAUUUGCGAGAAAUCUUUACUGAGACGACAGUGUUGACAGUGAACAAAAAAUUUUGUUUUUUUGUUUAUUUUAAAUUGUUGAUUGCAAGUAAAACAUCAACAAAACUGCCAUUGUCUUAUGUAUAUAUAUUGUUAAUUUGUAAAUACAUGGAAAUUGAAAUGAUUUUUUUACUGUUGGUAAUUUUUUUCCUUUCCGGCAGAAAACUAAGCCUAUUUUUUUGCCGAUGGUCUUAUUUCACUAAUAUUAUUAAAAUCCUUCAGCUUGGUUACAAAAGAAGUAAUCCAGAAAAUGCAAACGAGUAAUAAUAUAAUAAGGUGUUGGUCCUAAAUUCAAUUAUCUUUAUUUAGUAUGGAAUUCUUCUGAUGCCACUGUUUUCAGUGUAGAGGUAAAAUCCUCAAUGUCAUUGGAUACUUGUGGGAACCGUUAGCUUAUAAAUAAUCUAUUGAGAUUACAAAUUGUCGAUAGAUUGCAUAGACAUUAAAAUGUACAAUUUAAUGCUUACGCUUUCGUAGCCUAGUAAACUGACCAGUGUGCUUAGUGCGAGUUUUUUAACGUUCUCGAUAGCGUAAAAGUUAAUCCAUCUUUGUAUGCAGUUUGAACAACGCCCCUAGCGGCAAACGUAGGUAAACGAUCCCAUUCCAUUACAAAUAUGAGCUAACUUUUACGCUAUCGAGAACGUUAAAAAACUCGCACUAUGCAAACAAGUGCAGCCGUCAAAUUGUUGCGUAUGACGAAAGGCAAAGUGCGGGCUGAUUGGUUUAACGAAUCACGUGUUUUUAACCGUUGCCCUUCCGCCCAUAAUAUAAGCGUGAAAAAAUCUAUCCAAGAUUAUUUUCCACUGCUAGUACACUUCUACGUUCAUCCAGAUAUUCUAAUUCACUCAUUGUCAGUAAAUAUUAAACUUUUUUUUAAUAUCUUUAAAUUAAAUAAAAACACCAGUUUAUCUUGAUAGUAACCCCUCGAUUGUAUACUUCAGCCGUUGACCUAUAAGUGCAUUCUGGGUCAAUCUGAACCAUAACGUUUUUUAAAUCGUAUGUCAGUACAUAUACUUUUUGGUUUUGUUAAAAAUGGACCUAAAUGUAAAUUUAUCUUUCACUCUCUUCGAGAAAUUUAAAGAUUUGGAAAGUACGUAACUCUUGACAAUUUAUUACUUAUUUUCAUGACUUUCACUAGUAGUAGUUGCAUUCAUCCAACAGGAAAGGCGAAAGUAUCAAACCAUUGAUCUUAAUUUUUGAUAUAAAAUAAUACGAAAAUAAUAUAAAAAGGAUAAGACCUCCGAUGAAUUCGUAUCAAG